GCCUGACUUAGUUACUUCCCUUUAUUUCAUUGCACAUGGUGGUGUUUGGAGUCCGAAUUCACUAUGGGAAAGGUGAAAUCAAACAAGAAGUAUGCAGUUAUGAAGCGUAUGAUCAGCUUAAAAGAUGGAAGAAUCAAGAAAAGUGACAGGCAGAAGAAGAAAAAGAAGCCAAAGCCAAAGGGACCGUCACAAAAUAUGUCUAUAAGAGAAAUUCCACAGACGUCAUCAGCUAUGUUUUUCCAAUACAACACACAACUUGGACCACCUUAUCACAUUCUUGUUGACACGAACUUCAUCAACUUUUCUAUCCAAAAUAAACUGGACAUUAUACCGUCAAUGAUGAACUGUCUAUAUGCGAAAUGCAUUCCCUACAUAACAGAUUGUGUGAUGGCAGAAUUUGAAAAACUUGGCCGUAAAUACAGAGUUGCUCUGAGAAUAGCAAAGGACCCUCGCUUUCAGCUCUUGCCUUGUAUGCACAAAGGAACAUAUGCUGAUGACUGCCUUGUGCAACGUGUGACGCAGCACAAGUGUUACAUCGUAGCUACAUGUGAUCAGGCCCUGAAGAGAAGGAUACGGAAAAUACCUGGAGUUCCAAUCAUGUUCUUGUCCCAACACCAGUACACCAUUGAGAGAAUGCCUGAUGCCUAUGGUGCUCCCAAACUGUAAACUAAUCUUACCUGCAAUAUGAUUGAUUAUUGUAGGUCAAGUGACUUAUCACUUGUUAACAUAUUGACUAGACAUCAGAAAUAUACUACAUAAUAUUACGGAUAACAACCAACUUGUUAUGCAGUGGGAAUUUCUGGUUAGAAAUUGUCCCCAGCUACCAGUUGAUGAUGCGUCAGUGUAUCCUUAAGUCAGGGGUGAUUACAAUUUACACAUAAUAUUUAUAUCUUGGUUGUCUGGUUCUGACGUUUACAGGCCGUCAUGUAGCUGAAAUAUUACUGAAUACCAUGUUAAGCACAGGCAUUUUGUAUAAGUUUUGGCCUAAAAACCUGGCCUAGGUCAGGUAAUGUGGGUGAAAACAUAAUGGCUCCUCGGGGCCCAGUCUAUUGGGUAUUUGGUAUACUUGCAUAUUUGUACACAUUUGCAUGCAAGCAAUAGAAAUUUGUGUGGUGUAUACUUCUUGGUUGAAGGAAUAUUAAAUGCCUUACACAAA